AUGGCUGCUCGACAAGAUGCGGAACGGCUGCGAGCACUGGUACAAGGAGACUCAGAGCUGAUCAAGGCAGCGAUGGAGUAUCUUGCCCGUUUGCGACUGCUAGCAAGCACUGUUGGUAGCUUAAGGGACAAUGCGACGGCCCUCGCACCUAUUGCUGCAUUACUUGCCUGUGAAGAGAAUGGUUCAGAUAUGGUCACACCAGCUUCAGCACAGAAGGCAUCUUUUCGACGUCCGGGAGAAUUCCAGAACUGCCUCAAAGCCGUUCGAAGUCUGCUCGUGCGUCAGGCAGCCUCCUCAUCGCCGCAGCAGACCCCCUCCCGCCCGUCCACGACGUCUUUCGAGGCUCUCGCAUCGUCAUACAGAAAGUAUGGGGUGGGAAGGGGUGCGGUACAAGAGAUGAACCGCGCAAUGCAGGAGUGGGAACGGCUGUUGGACAAAGCGAAAGGGGGUAAACACACAGCGGUCGAGGAUCCGAGAUAUACGAAAGCCAUUUUCGUAUGGGUAUUGAUUGUACUCAAGUUCCCUAUCGACAAAACAGCUUUUUGCGCUGAACAAAACAUGAGACAAGUCGACCUCACGAACAUCCAUCAAUCCCUCGACUCGCGGUGCUUCGGACGGAAGGCCGCUCUUGAGAAAAAGAAGGAUCUUCACUACCAAGGACCAUCGCCUGAAGAACAAGACUCCACCUCACCUACCAAGGCACAGAAGCGCAAGGCAUCCGCCAUCGACAUGCCCGACGAGCUAGUAACGCCGACAAAGCGACCGUACACUCCCUCCCUCCUGAGUGGGAAACGGGAUUCACCCAGCCUGUCAGCAAACAAACGUGCCGAUAUGGAUGAGGAAGAACUCGAUUCCUCGCCAACGAAGCGUCUAACGCGAAGCGCGACCGGAACACAGAUCACCCCGUCGAAGCCGUUCAGAUAUAAUUCGGAGCAGCUCGGUUCCUCACGAACGCUCUUGUUCCCUCCUUCGGCGGAGUCCACUCGGUCUGUGCGAUCAUCAAACCCCUUUAGCCCAUCACCGACCAAGUCGCGUGGAAAAUCACUUUCGCCGGAACCCAUGCCAAUGUCUUCAUCUGGGUUACAGGAUGAAGAAGAGGACGAACGAGAGGGCUAUUCUCCUCUUCCCGAACCAAAAUACCGCCUACGACCACUGUUUCUCGAGACUUUCGGGUUGUCGAAGAAAGACAAUCUGCGCGAGGUUGAGUGGUUCAGGGCCUGGCGGGCACAGGUGAUCAAGAGAGGGUUUGAGAGUGACAGCGAGGAUGAGUUCGAAGUGUUCGAAGAAGAGGAGUCGGUGCGCCAGGAACAUGACGAAGGUGCUUCUGUGACUGAUAAUGACGACGACCAAGACUAUGAAGAAGACUAG